AUAACCAAUGAGAUUGUGCGUCAGCUGAUGGAGCAGGGAGGCUUCUACAGUCUGGAUCGCCCCGGAGAGUUCAUCACUGUGGUGGACGUUCAGCUGGUGGCCGCCAUGAUCCAUCCGGGCGGGGGUCGUAACGACAUCCCCGAGCGUCUGAAGAGACACUUCUCCAUCUUCAACUGCACGCUACCCUCCAACUCCUCCAUUGAUAAGAUCUUUGGCACCGUGGCUCGGGGACACUUCUGCCCAGAGAGGGGCUUCCCCCCCGGGGUCUGCGCCCUCGCCUCCGCCCUCGUGCCCACCACCAGACGGGUGUGGCAGGCAGUGAAGGCCAAGAUGUUGCCGUCUCCUGCUAAAUUUCACUACAUCUUCAACCUGAGGGACCUCAGCAGAAUCUGGCAGGGCAUCCUGACGGUGAGGUCGGAGGUGUGUCAGAGCUCUGAGCUGCUCUCCGCUCUCUUCCAUCACGAAUGUUGUCGAGUGAUCGCCGAUCGCUUCAUCGACGACUCCGACAGAAAGACCUUCAACGGCAUCAUGGAGAAGAUCACAGUAGAUGAUCAUGGGAAAGCUGUGAUUGAGCAUGCUCAGUGGGACAGCUUCUUCGUAGACUUCCUGCGUGAAGCUCCGGAGGCGACGGGAGACGAACCUGAGGACGGAGAGCUGGAGGCUCCAAAGGUGUAUGAGCCAAUCCCAUCACUGGACGUCCUGGCAGAGCGGCUGUCUGUUUUCCAGCUGCGGUACAACGAGACGGUGAGGGGCGGAGCCAUGGACCUGGUCUUCUUCAUGGACGUUGGGGAGGAACUGGACCCUGUCCUGGACAACAUACUAGACAAAAACUACAUCAAGUCUGGAUCCACUUAUAAAGUGAAGGUAGGAGACAAGGAGGUGGAUGUGAUGAAGGGCUUCACGCUCUACAUCACCACCAAGCUGGCAAACCCUGCGUACAGCCCUGAGGUCAGCGCGAGGACGGCUGUGGUGGACUUCACAGUCACCCAGCGAGGCCUGGAGGACCAGCUGCUGGGGAGGGUCAUCCUGCUGGAGAAACAGGAGCUGGAAGCGGAGCGAGGAAAGCUUUUAGAGGAGGUGACAUCCAACAAGAGGAAGAUGCAGGAGCUGGAGGACAGUCUCCUGUUCCGGCUGACCAGCACCCAGGGGUCCUUAGUGGAGGACCAGUCUCUGAUUGAGGUGCUGAGGGUCACCAAGACUACUGCUCUGGAGGUUAGUGAGAAGCUGUCGGUUGCAGCGGAGACAGAGCUGAAGAUCAACCAGGCGAGGGAGGAGUACCGCCCGGUGGCCACCAGGGGGGGAAUCCUAUACUUCCUCAUCGUGGAGAUGUCCCUGGUCAACAUCAUGUACCAGACGUCGCUGCGGCAGUUCCUGGGACUCUUUGACUCGUCCAUGCUGCAAUCCGCCAAGUCUCAGCUCACUUCCAAACGCAUCAGCAACAUUAUCAGCUUCCUCACCUACAAGGUUUACUGUUACACAGCCAGGAGUCUGUAUGAAGAACACAAACUGCUGUUCACUCUGCUCCUGGCUCUGAAGAUCGCCCUGCAGGCCCGAAACAUCUCGCACCCCGAGGUGCUCACCUUCGUUAAAGGUGGAGCCUCUUUGGAUCUGAACUCUGUAGAGUCCAAACCGCGGCGCUGGAUCCUGGAUCAGACCUGGCUCAACCUGGUGCAGCUUUCCAGCCUGCAGCCCUUCUCCCAGAUCCUGACCCAGGUGAUCCAGAACGAGCGCGCCUGGAGAGCGUGGUUUGACCAUCCAACACCAGAAGAUGCCCCACUGCCUGAUGGGUACGAGGAGAAGCUCGACACCUUCCGGAAGCUUCUGCUCAUACGAAGCUGGUGUCCCGACCGAACCACCGCUCAGGCGCGCCGCUACAUCUCGGACUCCCUGGGUCCACAGUACGCUGAAGGCUUGGUUCUGGACCUGGACGCCAUGUUGGCAGAGAGUGCCAGCAGGACGCCGAUGGUCUGUCUGCUGUCCAUGGGCUCCGAUCCCACCGAGAACAUAGAGAGGCUGGCCAAGAACAAGGGGGCGCCGUGCCGGUCCAUCUCCAUGGGGCAGGGCCAGGAGGUGCACGCUCGCAGGCUAUUGGCCAGCAGCAUGACGGACGGUGGCUGGCUCCUCCUCCAGAACUGCCACCUGGGACUGGACUUCCUGCCAGAGCUGCUGGAGACGGUUACCACAGCGACGGCAGACAGUGUGCAUAAGGGUUUCCGUGUGUGGCUGACGACAGACGUGCACGAGAGAUUCCCCAUCACAUUCCUUCAGUCCUCCAUCAAGUUCACCAAUGAACCUCCUCUGGGGAUGAAGGCGGGUCUGAAGAGGACUUUCAGUGCUGUCACUCAGGAUCAGUUAGAGAUCAGCAGCCUGCCUCAGUGGAAACCUCUGCUGUACGCCGUGGCCUUCCUGCACACCACCGUGCAGGAGCGCCGUAAGUUUGGUCCUCUCGGCUGGAACAUCCCCUACGAGUUCAACCAGGCAGAUUUUACCUCCAGCAUGCAGUUUGUGCAGAACCACCUGGACGACCUGGACUCAAAGAGAGGAGUGGACUGGAGCUGCCUGCGCUACAUGCUGGGCGAGGUGCAGUACGGCGGCCGGGUGACAGACGACCUGGACAAGUGUCUCCUGAACACCUUCACUGGGGUGUGGUUCAGUGAGAGCACUUUCAGCGACACCUUCUGCUUCUAUACGGGCUACAGCAUCCCGGGUAGGGCCAGGCUGGUGCAGGACGUCCUGCAGCACAUCGACACCCUGCCGCUGGUUGACUCUCCUGAGGUAUUUGGGCUCCACCCUAACGCUGACAUCACCUACCAGACCAACCUGGCCAAUGAGACGCUCCGCACCAUCAUCAGCAUCCAACCAAAGGACUCCGGGGGCGGGGCCGGGGAGACACGGGAGGCCAGCGUUCAGAAACUCGCCGCCGAGAUGCUGGAGAAGCUGCCGCCGGACUACGUGCAGCACGAGGUCAAAGGUCAGCUGAAGAAGAUGGGUCCGCUGCAGCCAAUGAACAUCUUCCUGCGACAGGAAGUGGAGCGCAUGCAGCGCGUCAUCGGCCUCGUACGGAGCACGCUCACCGACCUCAAACUGGCCAUUGACGGCACCAUCAUCAUGUCUGAGGACCUGCGGGACGCUCUGGACUGCAUGUUCGACGCCCGGGUCCCGCGCCUGUGGCUGCGGCCCAGCUGGCCCUCGGCCUCGCUGGGCUUCUGGUUCAGCGAGCUGCUGGAGAGGAGCCUGCAGCUCCGCGGCUGGAUCAGCUCCGGGAGGCCGGACACGUUCUGGCUCACCGGAUUCUUCAACCCUCAGGGUUUUCUGACCGCCAUGCGCCAGGAGACCACGCGCUCCAACCUGACCCGGGGCUGGGCCUUGGAUACUGUCACCCUUAGCAACAAUGUCACUAAGAUGAUGAAGGAAGAUGUGGUGGCUCCGCCCCCAGAAGAAGUGGGCGGGGUCUACAUAUACGGCCUCUUCCUGGAUGGGGCAGGGUGGGAUCGGCGAGGAACCAAACUCUGCGAGGCCCCCCCAAAGGUCCUCUUCAGCCCCCUCCCCGUGGUUCACGUCUUCGCCAUCAGCUCAGCCAACAUGGCCGACAGCAAGCUGCCCCCCGGCGGGGGUGGGGGGGCGGCCGACAGCAAGCUGCCCCCCGCUGGGGGGGUCAGCCUGUACUCCUGUCCGGUCUAUAAGAAACCGCGCCGCACCGACCUCAACUUCAUCUUCUUUCUGCAGCUGAGGAGCCUGCAGCCCCCCCAGCACUGGACCCUGAGGGGGGCCGCGCUGCUCUGUGACUGCAAGUGAUGCUCCGCCGCGAGAGGGAGGCCUGCAACAACAGGCCAUGUUUGUAGUCUUUAAAGGACCACAUUUGUUAAUUUACAAGUUUGAGACUAUGAUCUAAAAGUCACAUACAGUGUACUCUCCUGAUGAUCUCUAUAAAAAUCUAUCUGUUUUAGAUGGAUCUUCUUUGGUUUUAUUGUAUUACAAUUAUAAUAACUAUUCAUAUUUUAAAAAUAGCAUAAUCUUGAUGCACUUUAAUAAGAUUAUGUUUUAGUCUCAGAAAUAGAACAUUUAACAUAAACUGAUAAUGGAAAAAUAUAUAUAUCAAUAAUAUUUCAACACUUUUUAUUAUUAUAUUUAAAUGUUUUGUCAUUUGAAAAAAAUCACAAGUGAUUUGUUUGAAAUUAUAAAGAAUUGGGCGCAAAUAAUGAAGUCGUUGUGUGAUCUGAUGUAGUUUGAUGUGUUGCUUUACUUUCUCUUGAAGUGAGGACGAAGAUUUUUUUCCUUUCUAUCAAAAUAGCACGUUUUUAUUAUAUAUAUUAGGGAUAUUUCUUCUAAAGUCAAAUAAGGUCCAACUUCUCUGCGGUGUAAGAUUUUGUAAUAAAUCCCUACAAAAUAAUCCGUUUUAAACCAGGGGGCCGCCGGGGUCCUGGGCCCUCUGUACCUCCACAGGUACCAAGGGACACAUUCAGUCCGACUGAACCCUAACCCUUAAUUAUAUCUUAACUCUGCACACAACAAAAGUUAAACUCUAAUAUUAGGUUUUCUUUUCUUCACAAUAAUCCAUUUCUAGGAUAAAUAAAGUAAGUCAAGGUAAUGUGGAUUAUUGUCCAAAGUGUGAUCUGUUUAUAUUAUAACUCAAUAUGAUCAUGCCGACUGUUUUGGAGUAACCUGCAGCUGCAUUUUACUGAAGCAUUUGAAAAUAGAUAACCUUGUUGCACCAUGAACAUUGUUUAAGGCUCUAUACCAAACAUAAUGGUAAACCCCAUUUACAUAUUUGCCUUUUUUAAUGUUUAUUCAACAUAGCAUGCAAACAUAAACCUUAGACACAAAACAGAGAUAUUUCAUCAAGUUUUGACUUUUUAUUCAGAAUAUUCUUUCACAGUUUGAUCAUGCAUUUCAUUCAGGGGACGCCUUUAUCCAAAGUGAUAUACAUUCAACCAUCGAGACACAUUCAAAAAGCAAAAAUGCUGACUCAGCUUCAAAUAAGCCAAAACGUUCUCAGCGCUACAUACAUUGCACACGUUUCAAUCAUUUCAAUAUAACAUUUCUUUGUUGCAUAACUAACACUGUUUCUAAAUAAACUGAAAUGAGGUCACAUUCAUAAUUUCACUCUCAAUGUUUUGCCUCAAUCUCUUUAAUGUUUCUUCUCCAUUCAUUUUGUCACAUCUCCACUA